UCGCGCGGACUCUUUCUGAGCAACGUGACGUCACGCAGCCCGAGAGGUGGCUCUUGGCCCGCUGCGCUACGGUGGCCGAAUGGGUUCUUUCCGUCUCCUAGGAAACCCGCGCGCGGAUGCCUGAAGCCGCCGGCGGGAAUCCAUUUUGGUCUCUCGGGCUGAGGAGAGUUUUUUGUGCCCCGUGCACAUUCACAGCUUCUGAAAUUCUUUAAGAAAGUGAUUUAUGAUCAUAUCCAUCCACUUGUAUUGGCUGAGGAAGGGAUUUUCAUUGACAGAUCCACCUAGUUAUUACAGUAAUUUAGAAGUUUUUAAAUCCAACUGCUGACCAUGGCUCAUCGGUUUUCAAAAGAAGACUUAGAUGAACAAUUUGAACAGUUUUUGAAAGAGUCUCUUUCAGAUGAUUCUUUGGGAAAUGAACCAAAAAAAAAUUCCAGUGUUCCUGAAACUAUUGGGCUGGCUAAGAAGAAGCAGCCUUUGCCAUGGUGGAUAUCUGAGGAUGAUUCAGACGAAGUUCCUAAGACAAACAAGUUUAUCAAACAAAGUAAUGAGAAGAAGCCUAUAGGGGAUAACGAUGAAAUGGCUGAAGAUGGUGAAGAGAAGAUUCCACUUUCAAAUAGCCUGUCUGUUAAAGUAGUUACCCCUGAACGUUUUUCAAGUGCAUCUUGCAGCAAGGCAUUGGCUAGAUACAAAAUAUUGGAAAAAUCACUUAAAGCAAAGAAAAAUGUGUAUUUAAACAAAGAAGACAUUCCUGCUUCUGACAACCUUCACCAUACUGAAGGAAAACAUGGUACAAGUGGCAGUUUUCUGAAGUCACAGAGGCUUUCUCAUUCUCUUGUGGAAGUAGAUGAAGAUCAUGUUGAAGGCAUUCAGCUCCAUCAACCUACUGGUGCUUCUGUCUCUUUAAGCAAAGACAGCCUGGAAACUAAUGAUUCAGUUGUUGCUUCAGGGCCUAAAGAGAAUAUUUUGGGAAUUGGAUUGGAUACUUUGGAGGAAGAAGAGGAAAAGGAGAGAUUCUUUGCUGACCUUGAGAAAGGAGCAUCAUCUACCAUUGACUAUUCAAGAUUAAACAAGGAGCUGGAUUCCAAUGAUUCUGAAAUGUUACAGGCAUUUCUACGAAAUCAUUCAGAAAUGAAGCAGGUUGAAGAAGAAAAUGAAGAUGAACCUAAGAAUCAUGAAAAAUCUGAUGCCCCAGGUGACUAUAGUGAGGAUUUUGAAGAAGAUUCAGAAUCUAAUCAGGACAAUAAAGGUGAUGUCGUGUCAGAAUUAAAGAAAGAAAAGACUAGCAUGCUGGCUAAAGUUGUCCUCCUUGAUUCCCAAGACUCAGCUCUGGAGACUCAAAAGGCCAGCGAACAUCAGGAUGAUGUGCUUACAGAACAUAACCUACCUAAAGAAGUCAUUGCAGAUGAGAUGAAUGGAACAGGUGUUUCCUGUGGGCAAACAAACAGUGAUAUUGAAGCUUUGCAUCAGGCCUAUUGCCAUAUUGAGCAGUCUUUAGGGGAUACUGAUGAGCAAAAAAGUCACACAGAUAAAAUAGAUACUUCAGAGAAUUUGAUUAAAGAAGUUUCACAGAAUAAAGAAGUCUGUCCCCCCAAUACCUCCAAUACGGAUUCUGAUUUGCCUACCAUAGAAGAAUUGAUGAAACCUAUCAAAGCAGAUACAUCAUUUGCCAGGGGCUGUGACUUAGAACCUCCAAGUUCUCUAAAAGUCACACAUGGCUCCACAGAUGAAUUAGUGAGCCAUUUACCAUUUAAAGAGCCCCAGAAUGAUAUAUCAAAUCUGGAAAAGCAAAACAUUAGUACUUUGAACCACCACAGUGAGCAAGAGAAUGUUUCUAUUCAGCCAGAGGUAAAGAAGGAUAGUGAAGAUACCCCUCAGGAAAGGGCUGGCAAAGACAAACUGGCUAACAAAGUUAAACAAGAUACCUGGAAACAAAACAUACUUCCAAAUUCUUCGCCAUUGCAUCAAAACAACAAACCUGAUGAGACACAUCAGCCCAUCACUUGGAAUAAAGAGAGUCUCAGUUCAGUGCUGAAUAAACAACUGAUGCAUAAGAAUGCAAAAAACACAGUGGCUGCUCAUAGAAAGAAGUCUUCCAUUGGACCUUAUAGCUCUGUUAGAAGUUCUGGGUAUGGAAAAUCUAGUUCUUCAUUAAAGCACUUUUCCACAGUUAAUGAGAAGACAAUAAAAGAGAGCCUCAAAAAGCCAGUUUUGAAAGCCAGAUCUCCUCUAAAGCAAAAAGAAACACCUGGAACUAAGGUAAUACAGACAACAAAGGAUCCUGUUUCGAUGAAGAGAAAUUACUGUGCUACACAUGGAGAGUCAUCGGCAAGUAGUAUUCAAGAGCAAGUUAAAGAAAAUGACCCUUUCAUCCACAACCACAAUGUUGCAUCAUAUUCACUCCCACAAAGCAGUGAAAGGGAGCUUUAUUUAUUAAAAAGAAUUCAGGAAGCUGAGGAAAAAUUGGCUUCGGCACAUAGUUUGAUUCAGCAACUAAAAGCCACAUCUUUGGAAAAAGAGAAGGAAAUGAAAACAAAAAUCCUGCAGCAAGAUAAAGAUCUCUUUGAGCUAAACAAAGAAACUUAUGUUCUUCAGUCACAGCUAAAUCAUAACGAAAACUUGAACAAAGAAACAAAGUGGUCAAAUAUCAGGGGAGGAAAUCCUGCUGAUGGAGAAAUGUUGAAAGAAAUACAAAAAGAAGUCCAAAAUCAGGAGAUGCUUCUUCAAGGAUAUCAGCAGGAAAAUGAAAGAUUAUAUAAUCAGGUGAAAGAACUACAGCUGAAUAACAAGAAAAAUGAAGAAAAUAUGUUUAAAGAGAACCAGCGUUUGAUGAUUGAAUUAACAACCUUACGGGAACAAGUGGAUAAAAAUAACCUUUUAUCAUGUGGAGUGCAGAAUGCUGAACCAGCUGUGGACCAGAAUUUAACAGAUUUAAUUUUAGAACUUCGAUCAGCCAAGGCUAUGGAAACCAAUUUGCUUGAAGAGAAAAAAUGUCUAAAGCAAGAUAAACAAGCUCUUGAAGUAGAUCUUUUACAAAUAAAGAAGGAACGAGAUUUGGCAAGAGCCCAGAUUGCUUCCACUUUAGAUGAAAAAUCAUAUGAGAUGAAGUUGAUGGAAGAAUCUUACAAGGAUGAAAUCAGUCGUUUGCAGAAAAGACUCCAGUGGUAUGCAGAAAAUCAGGAGCUCUUGGAUAAAGAUGCAAGUCGUCUUCGUGGAGCAAAAGAAGAAAUUGAUAAACUGAAACUAGAGGUGAUUGAAGAGUCAGGUGAGGUCCGCGCUCCUGCUGUUCUUCCCGGCCCGGAGCCCGCUCCUGAGGUACAACUGGUCCCGGUACCGGACACGCCAGCUCAACCCACCAUGGACUUCGUCCACGAGAUGGAAGGCGCCACUCCCUCCUCCCCUCCUGGGGAACUGCCACCGCUGUUCCCCCACUCCGAGGAUGAGGAACACGGAAAAGAGGUCCGUAGACACGAAGCCCCGGACCUGUUUUUCAACUCAGAGACGGGCCGGUACUUCAUGUCCGUCCCGAGGGAUGUGGCUUUCAAGGAGUUCACCAGGCUCAACCCUCACCCUGCUGACCCGCGGGAGGGCACAUCUGCCCGGUCGAUCCCGAGUGUCUCGCUCAUGGAGAAGCCUCCAUCGUCACCCCGCCGGCGCUCUCAAUCCUCGACAGGCCCCAUCCCGGUUCAGCCGAGAUCCCAGGUCAGGGUUCCGGACAUUCCUCUCACCUCCGACACGGACUCUGAGGAUGAGCCCUUGCCUCCGUCCGACGUCCCCUCGGAAGACGACGACCUCUCGGCGUCUGCUUCCCCGCAGAGGAUGCACCACCCGGAACCGUCUUCCCCAUCAGAUGACAUGCGCUCUUUCAGUGAGCACAUCGUGAAGAUGGCGAGGGCUCUCGACAUCGAGCUCUCCUUCCCGGAGGACGAUGCCCACGACCUGGUGGAGCGCCAAGUGCACGGACGGGCGACCUCCCCUGUCGACCAGGAGGCGAAAAAGGUGGAUGGCCUGGCCAAGAAGGCCUACUUGGCAGCGGCCCUUGCGGUGAAGGCCAUCAAUUACAACGCCUGCAUGGGGGCCUACAUACAGACGCUCAUGGAGCAGAUCUCCUCCCUCAUCCUGGACAUCCCAGAUGAGAUCCAGAGACAGCUGGCCGAGGUCAGGGACGAGGCCCACUCCAUCGGGAGUUGGCUCAAUACCGCCUCCAGGAACAUGGCAGACUGUGCGGGGAGGGCCAUGUCGGCAUCGACGGCGCUCCGACGGCAUGCCUGGUUGAGGGCCUCGGACCUCAAUCCUAGUGUCAAGGCGGCCAUCGACAUGCCGCUUGACGGGACCGGACUUUUCCAUGCCGAAACCGACGACUGCCUGAACAGGAAGUUCAGGAUGAAGGCGGCGGCGAAGAAGCAUGGAAUGUCCUCUGCAUCCGUCUCGCCAUUCCGGAAGUGGCAGCGCCCGUGGCAGCCACGAGGUCAAAUUCAUCGGAGCCAUCCUCGAUUCCGAAAGAUGCUCCGCCUUCCUUCCUGCAGACCGCUUCCAGGCACUGGUUACAUCGCUGAGACCCUGCAUCUCCCACAGAAGAGUGAGGGCCAGGGACGUCCAGAUUGCCCUGGGUCACAUGGCAUCAACGACCUUCAUGACGCCGUGGUCAAGACUCCGUCUACGCCCGCUCCAGGCUUGGUUUCUGUCGGUCUUCUCUCCGAUGGAGGAUCCCCCGUCCAAAUGGUUGACGAUACCGAGGCCGGUAGCCGCCUCCCUGAAUUGGUGGCUGGACGAGCACAACGUGCGCGCGGGGAUGCCCUUUCAUCAACCGCAACCGCAGGUGACGCUGACAACCGAUGCUUCCCUAGAGGGCUGGGGCGCCCAUCUGCUCGACCUAGUUGUCAAGGACAAAUGGUCAGACUCGGACAGUCUCCUCCACAUCAAUGCCCUCGAGAUGCUCGCGGUCGAAAAGGCCCUGAGAGCUUUCGAAUCCGCCGUGACGGGCAGGGUGGUGCUCUUGAGAACGGACAACACCACCGUGAUGUAUUACAUCAACAAACAAGAUGGCACCAAGUCAAGGACCCUCCUCGAGAUUACCCUGCGCAUCUGGGACUGGUGCAUACAGAGACAGGUCCUCCUUCAAGCGAUCCACCUUCCAGGGGAGGACAACGACUUGGCAGACCGCCUCAGCAGAUCGCCCUCGGUAUGCCACGAAUGGAGGCUCCAUCCGGAGACGGUCGGCGUCUUGUUCGACAUGUGGGGAACCCCCCAGAUCGACCUCUUCGCUACCGAAUGGAACAGCCACUAGCAAAGGAAGACUCAGAAGAGUACAUUGCAGCCCUUAAAGCAUCACAUCAGAAGGAAUUAGAGAAAAUUCUUUGUCAACAUGCUGUGGAACAUUCUACUUACAAAGUAGCCGAGUUAAAUAGUAAAAUUUCAACACAAGAGAUUUUUAUAAAACAUCUUCAGCAGCAAGUUCAUGAGUUCCGGAGAGAUCAAGAAGCCCUUGUAAUCUCACAAAAAAGAGAGGAAAUUCUUCAAAAAGAGAUGGCAAAACUGUUAGAAGAACUCGGAGAGGCUAGAGAAAGGCAGACCCCUGAGAUGAAACACUUUGUGUGCCUGGAAAGAAAGAUCAAACAAUUGGAAACCCGAUAUGAACAAAGAGAGCAAGAACUUCAGCAGGUAAUACAGGAAACACGGCAUAUUGCAGAAGUAGAACAAAUCCAGGAAACUGAAAAAUGGAGAAAGCUAGCAUUGCUGAAAAAUCAAGAGCUCGAGAAAUUUCGCAUUGAGCUGGAUUCAAUGUUGGAUGUUCUACGGCAGCUCCAGAAACAAGGCGUCAUCAUUCCAGUUAGUUCUUCAAACAUGCCAGAAAGUUACUGGAAGAUCUGAACAUAAGUUGAUCAAGGAAAGUUAAUAAGGAUGAAAAUAAAUAAGCUUGAAAACAAUCCCAGAAAGUAACUAGUUUCACUUUUUAGGAACUCUGUCCACGUUUCUGUUGUAUAAAUUAAUCUCAUC